CACUGCUGUGCACUUGACCCUCCAGCACUUUAACCCAGUCCUGUAUUUAUUUACUCUAUUAUUUAUCUGAUUUUAUUCACCUAAGUCCAUGUAUGAUCACUAAUACAUGUGUUUAUGUGAUCUACUGACAGCUUUGAAGAGUUGACCACGAGAAGAUAGAGAAAUUCAGAAUGAAUUGUCCUUACUCCACAGCUGUGCAGUAUUUCCCCGAGCUCCCCUUUCAUCGGUACAGAGACCCUUCCUCCCGUUUGUCCUGGACAGAGAGUUCCUUCCUGGCCUCCAUAAUGUCACAGAACCAAUCAGAACAGAGCUCUGACAUCCUCAGUCAGGAUGUGUUCAACCAGCUGCUGGAGAUGUUGGACCAGUCAGCAUUCCACUCGUCGCAGCCCAUAGAGCUGAACUUCUCAGACAGCCCAGCAGACGGAGACGGACCCGCAGGGAACACCAUCCAGAUCAGCAUGGACUGCAUUAGCAUGCACGAGGGACAGGAACCACUGUCUUCACAGUAUACCAACCUGGGGUUGCUGAACAGCAUGGAUCAGAACAUCCAAAAUGGCGGCUCUACCUCCACCAGUCCCUACAACAACGACCAUGUCCAGAACAACGUGUCAGCUCCUUCACCCUACGCCCAGCCCAGCUCCACCUUCGACGCCAUGUCCCCCUCCCCGGCUAUCCCCUCCAACACAGACUACGCUGGGACACACACCUUCGACGUCUCCUUCCAGCAGUCCUCCACAGCUAAGUCUGCCACCUGGACGUACUCUACAGAGCUGAAGAAGCUGUACUGUCAGAUCGCCAAGACGUGUCCCAUCCAGAUCAAGGUGCUGACCAACCCCCCGCAGGGCGCCGUCAUCAGAGCCAUGCCCGUUUACAAGAAGGCAGAGCACGUCACCGAGGUGGUCAAACGCUGCCCCAACCACGAGCUCAGCCGGGAGUUCAACGACGGUCAGAUAGCCCCUCCCAGUCACCUGAUCCGAGUGGAGGGUAACAGCCACUCUCAGUAUCUGGAGGACUCCAUCACGGGCCGUCAGAGUGUGCUGGUCCCCUACGAGCCCCCCCAGGUGGGCACAGAGUUCACCACCAUCCUCUACAACUUCAUGUGUAACUCCAGCUGUGUGGGAGGCAUGAACCGACGCCCCAUCCUCAUCAUCGUCACCCUGGAAGCCAGAGAUGGUCAGGUGCUUGGUCGUCGCUGCUUCGAGGCCAGGAUCUGUGCGUGUCCUGGCCGGGACCGCAAGGCGGACGAGGACAGCAUCCGCAAGCAGCAUGUUACUGACGGAACAAAGACCAGUGAGGGUAUGAAACGCCCCUUCCACCAGGUCUCUCAUGGAAUCCAGAUGUCCUCCAUCAAGAAGAGAAGAUCUACAGAUGAGGAAGUGUUCUGUCUGCCCAUUAAAGGCCGUGAAAUCUACGAGAUUUUGGUGAAAAUCAAAGAGUCACUGGAACUCAUGCAGUUUCUGCCUCAGCACACUGUCGAGUCGUACAGGCAGCAGCAGCAGAACCUCCUGCAGAAACAAUGGGAUCUCUGGGGCGAUGAGAGUAACGGCCUGUACCCUCCUCUCUCCUGCCCCAGGAGCGCCAUGGCCCCCCAGCCCCAGUAUGGCUCCAGCUCCCCUCCCCCCCCCCACGGCAAGGUCAACAAGCUGCCCUCCGUCAGCCAACUCAUCAACCCCCAGCAACGCAACACCCUCACCCCCUCCUCCAUGGUCCAAGGCCUGACUGACAUGACUCCGAUGAUGGGCCACAUGGCUAUGAAUGCUGACAUGUCGGCCCUGAGCCCCGCACACAUCCUGCAGCCCCAGUUACCCAUGGUGCCCAGCUCCCACUGCACCCCACCGCCUCCCUACCCCAUGGACAGCAGCAUCUCCAGCUUUCUUCUGCGGCUGGGCUGCGCAGCCUGCCUGGACUGUUUCACAGCACAGGGCCUGACCAACAUCUACCAGAUCGAGAACUAUAACUUGGAGGACCUGUCCCGGCUGAAGAUCCCGCAGGAGUUCCAGCACGUCAUCUGGAAGGGCAUCAUGGAGCACCGGCAGAGCAUGGAGUUCUCCCCUCCUCCCCACAUCCUACGUACCUCCAGCGGAGCCUCCACCGUCAGCGUAGGGUCCUCCGAGGCCCGCGGCGAGCGGGUCAUCGACGCCGUGCGCUUCACCCUGCGCCAGACCAUCUCCUUCCCUCCGCGUGACAACUGGUCCGACUUCUCCUUCGACCUGGACUCCCGACGCAACAAGCAGCAACGCAUCAAGGAAGAGGGGGAAUAGGAAAAAACUCUCACUCUGGAUGGAAUUUCAAUCUAAGGUGCACUGUUGACAAGCGCACUGCACCAAUGGGUCUGUAAAAAGGCCAUUUCCCUGACGUUCAGAGAUCCCUUUUACAGUAAACGCUGUGGAUGUCGGCUCAAGCGCACAUUAUCAUUAAAAGUCGAGUGCAGUACGCUUGUCGGCAAUGGGCCUUGGAUUGAAGCCCCGCCUCUGUCCGUCAUACACCUGUUGAAGCCCCGCCUCUGUCCGUCAUACACCUGUUGAAUCCCUUUCUCUGUGCCCUUCUGAUGUCAUACACCUGUUGACCAACCACACUCCCGUAUCACGGUACAGAACUAGAAAAUCUCUGCUUCAAAAGUUCUCUGGGUCCGUUUUCCUCAAAAGCAUCUUAAUAAGGCUAAGUUCAUUGUUAGAACCCUCGUUUUGGAGCAGAACCAAAAAAAAACAUUGUUGGAAGUUGUUUACCGACCCGCCUCAGACCAGCUAAGUCCGUCGUCAUAAGACUCGAGUUACAUCGCGAAGCGGGAAAACCGGACCCUGGUCCUUAGUUCAGAUAUCCUAAAUAGCAAAUAAAAAUGCACUUAUUUUAUUUUAUUGAAAAGCCAGCUAGAGGAUGAGACAAAUUGUGUUUUUAGAAAAGAUACAUUUCAUAAUUGAUUUUUUUUUUUUCAUCAAAUUUCUUGAGACAAAGCUCUUAAAUGCUUUUGUGAUUUGCUUUGAUAUUGGUUUUAAUACGUUUUAUAAUCCAUUCCAAUGUUAAAGCAUGACUUGAGAGGAAACCUUUUGGGGGAUUUGUUGUUGUUGUUGUUGUUGUUGUUGGGCCAUAGAAGGUGUAUGACCAGGAUUCAAUCCAAAGUGCGUUAGACAGAUGAGAGCUUCAAAAUAAAGAUAGAAAAAUGUAGCUGCUUCUGUCCUGCUGUUGACCCACUUAGCAAACAUCUGUCAACUGCUACCAUUUCAUAAAUAAUAAUAAUAUACAAUUAUAAAUGCACAAAUAUGGCAAAAUGCAAGAUACUCAUUGGACAGUUUAUUAGGUACACCUAUUUAGUACCGGGUCAGAACCCCUUUGCCUCCAGAACAGCCUGAAUUCUUCGGGAAAUUGAUUAUACAAGGUGUAGUGUUCAAACAGUUGCUCAAUUGGUAUCAAGAGACCUACACGUGUGCCAGGGACACAUUCUCCAUACCUUCACACCACCAGCCUGUACUGGCGGCGAUGGGUUCACGCCAAAUCCAUCCGUGACAAGGACCAACGAGUUGUGCGUUCCGCACACCACUGUUGUACUGCGUCGUUAAUUGUCUGUUAGCCUGCACGAUUCUUGUCGUUCUCCUUCGACCUCUCAUUUCGUCCACAGGUCUGCCGCUGACUGUAUGUUUUGUUGCACCAUUCUCGUUAAAGCCUAGAUACUGUAAUGCACGAAACACCCAGGAGGUCGGACAUUUCUGACAUACUGGAAGUGGCGCGCCUGGCACCAAAGAUCAUACCAUGCUCAGUCACAACGAGCGACCUAACGUUCAAUCGAACAGUACAUGACUGCCUCAAUGCCCGUCUGCCUGCUUUUAUAUACCGAGCCACAGCCACGUUACUCACCGUCUGUAGGAGCGAACCAUUUUCGUGAACGGGGUGCUGUACCUAACAAACUGGCCACUGAGUACAUUCAUCAAUAUAACACUUCAGCUCCGCGAUAAGCUUCCUGUUGCUUUGCCAAUGUGACAUUCUACCAGCUACAGUGUAUAGAGAGCCGAGGGGGGAAAUUAUUCUAUUUUCACCUACUCUGCCAUAUUAACCGAUUAUGCGUAAAUACAACAGCUUUGGUCCAAUUAAAUGUUACAUUGUUGCUAGUGGUUGUACCAAACAAACCUCUAUAUACACGUUGCUUUAGUUUACAUUGUGAACCUAGCUAGCCAAUAUAGCUAGUAGUAGUAGCUUCUUGACUUAGUAAAAUAAUCAGUGGUGUGUGUAUAUAGUCGAGGUCAUAUGCAACCAAAUGUAACUUUUAUUUUCGCAUUUCAAUUCACAUGAUCUAAUGAAUGCGUGGGUCAACAAUUGACGCAAAGCAAGCGCAGCACGGGCAGAGAAGCAGCUUUCAUUGAUUUCAAAGCAUUUUUCCUCAAAUGCUGAUGCUCAAUAUCGGACGCCCGAUAGCUAAUAGUAGCAGGGAGGUUACCAGUAGUAAUCUGGUUACAUUGUUUAAUUUGGUUUCAUUAUCUAGAUCGCCAGUUGUCUCAUUCAUUCACCGUUGCUGAUCAAUGACCGUUACUAGGGAAGCUAAUGUUGCUGAUCAAGGACCGUUACUAAGGAAGCUAGUGUUUCUAUGGAGCUACCAGCUACAUUAGCUUGUAGGCUAGCGAACUUUUCAUACGUUUUGUGAAAACAUACGUACGACCUCCGAAAACAUUACUGAAUUGAAUAUGGUGCUUCUCCACCCGCUUACCUUCAAUAUAAAGAUAUAUAUAUAUAUUUAUCACCGAUAAAUACACCGAUACAUGUAUUUAUCGGUGCUGUUGACCGAUAAUGGCAAACUUCUCAACUGCCGUAGUGCAAAGGCCACCAGAAGAAGUAACCUCACAUAACAGGCGAGUGGAGGCCUCUAGUGGUCAUAUUGGUACUUUACCAAAUACUGUUAAAUACGGGCCAAAAAAUUUAUAAAUACUCAUUACAGUUCGGCUCAAGCCUAAAUGACCAUGAAAAGUAUAAUGCUCUGCUCUUUACCGCGCCUUGGGUUGAAUCCCGAUCUGUUGCUCUAGACUGGACUGUCAUGAUUGCCUGCUGUUUUUACCUGCUGGUCACAAGCCGGUCUUGAUUGUAUACAUUUCAAGAUAUUUUUUACUUCGUGUCAGAGAAAAGUGUUAUUAUAUAAUUUGUUUGGUUGGAUUGGUUGAUUUUUUUUUUUUUUUUACCACAGAACAAGUUAUUGCCUUGUAUUGUGCGCCUGUGUUAACCCUUCUGCUUCCAGGAUUUUCAGAAACCUGGGGAUUUUGCAACCCUAUUGUUAGUUAAACCAUUGUGUUUAUAACUCUUGGGGGAAGUUACUGGAAUAGUUUUAGUUAAAUCGUGUUUAUAACUCUUGGGGAAAUUACUGUAAUUUUGCUACCCUAGUGUUGGUUAAACCAUCGUGUUUAUGACUGCUUACUGUAUUUCUACGUGAAUGAGAAUGCAUCAUCACACAAACUUUUAUCUGAAGUAUUUACGUUACUCAUUACGUAACUGAAUUUAACAGCUCAACACGUUCAUGACCCUUGAGGUGAUAUCAAUAACGUUACAGAUCUUGAUAUUGUCCAAAAUGGCACCCUACGGUCGAAAGUAGUACACUGUAUAGGGUGCAAUUUGGGACGAAUUUUAAUUGCCUGCUUGUUCUGCCGUCUGUAACGCGAUGUACAGUCUUUUGUAUUUUGUGGGUCUGUUGAACAUUUACUGGGCUAUAUUUCUCUAUUAUUACAAAACGAUCCUUGAGAUUUGUAUUGUUGGAUUUUUGGAACCACAUUUUGUAAACUUUUUUUUUGUUGUUGUUACGGAUUAACUUGAUGGCCCAAACUAUUGAGAUCAUUGUAUAUACAUUUGUAUAGAGUUCUUUUCUAAAAACUAGAUGCUGUUAUGUAUUUUUUACAAAAAAAAAACAAAAAAAGGAUUUGGCUUAGAAUAGUGCAUGGUUAAAAGCCAUUAUGGUACAAAAGGGGUUUGGGUUAUUUUCUAUUCAUUUAAAUGAAUACAUCGAGGUCUCACAAGUCACUGUUCUCACAAGCGGUCUGUGUAGUGUUGCCAUAAACAUAGUUAUAUAAUUUCAAUAUUAAAAAGUGUGAUAGCCACUGAAUGAACAUGCUAUGAAUGACCCCUAGUAUGUCAUUCUGUUGGUACAUUGAAAGCAGAACCUAGGUACUGUCAUCUGCUGUUCCACAAUUUUUGUAAAAUGAAUUGUAAAUAUGUUGCAAUGUACUUAUUUUGAUAAACAAAAAAAUAAAAUAUCCCAAGUUAUCAAAUG